AUGCCUAGGAUUGAUGGGUUUAUUAAGAAUUCGGGAAAUAGGUUACCUUUGAAGCUGAUUGUGCUUGAUUCUGUUGCGGCGUUGUUUAGAUCGGAAUUUGAUAAUACUCCGUCUGAUCUAAAGAAGAGAUCUUCUAUGUUUUUCAAGUUAUCAGGGAAGUUGAAGCAGUUGGCUAAUAAGUUCGGUUUGGCUGUUGUGAUUACGAAUCAGGUUACUGAUUUGGUUGAAACGUCUGAUGGGUUAAGUGGGUUGAGGAUUGGGAAUUUGAGAUUUUUGUGUUCCUCUGGUAGACGAGUUGUUCCUGCUUUAGGCUUGGCUUGGUCUAAUUGUGUGAACUCUAGAUUUUUCAUCUCACGAAGUGAUGAGACUAUCUGGAAAGAGAGAAGUGAAAAUGAUGAGAGCGGUUCGAGUUAUGUGUCUAGAAGAGCUCAGAGACGGUUUGAUAUUGUUUUUUCACCUUAUUUGCCUGUGACUUCUUGCGAGUUCAUGAUCACACGAGAAGGCAUUUGUGGGGUUCAAGCGUAG